CCCUCUGAUCAUAGCACACUUCUUAGGUCACGCUCUUUUCUUUUGGUUGGUGCCUACCGCGUUCGCAUUGGUCUGGCCGGCUUACUUUCCGUCUCACUCGGCUCGGAUCAUGUCUUUUCAUCUUCGGCCAACCACGGAUCUUCAGGAACUCUAGUUCAACUUGGGCAAUCCCUCCAACAGCCCUUCUUAGAUCAAGCUCAGGAUCAAAUAACUUCAUCAGUUAACCAUUCUCUUGAUGGUAGAUCCGCUGGUCUAUUAUCCAUUCCUGUAAUCACUUCUCAGGCAAGCUCUACUGGCCAUGUUGGCGCUGCUGCCUUUACUUCCAGGCCCGUCUCUACAGUAAACCAGAACCAAAUGGUCAGUCUUAGCAGUCCCAACCUUUCCGUUAGAAAGCCAACAAAUUCCCCUUCACGAGGCACUGGUAACCGUAGUGGUGCUCUUGUUGCUGAUACCAAACUUGGUUCAAUGACCGGUCAGUCCAUCGGCUUGCUGGGUGAUAGCCCUACGAGUCACGAUUCGUUGAAACGUAUGCCUUCACUUACUAAUUCUCGAACUCCUACAAUGCCUCCAUCGAAGUCAAUUAAAAUUCGCCAAACGCAGAGGUUCUCCUGA